AUGCCGGGCCUGGUAUCGGCAACCGGCGUUCUGGGCUUCCUCGCCGAUGAGGAGAACGAGCUCAAGGUCUUCGCGCUUGAGACCCUGAAUGACGAUAUCGACACCAUCUGGACCGAGGUUGCUGGAGCUCUGGGCCAAAUCGAGGCUCUCUACGAGGACGAAUCUUUCCCCGACCGCCAGCUCGCUGCCCUCGUCCUUGCCAAGGUCUACUACCACCUCCAAGCCUACAAUGAGAGCAUGAGCUUUGCCCUCGCCGCCGGCGAUCUGUUCAAGCUCGACGCCCCCGGCGAGUUUGAGGAGACCAUCAUCUCCAAGUGCGUCGAUCACUACAUUGCCGUCUGCGCUUCCGAGCACACCGUUCCCACCGCCGUCAAGAAUGAUGCAUCGCUGCCUGCGCUGGCCACGACUUUUGCCAGCGGUGCUGCCGACGGCACAGCUCUGAUGUCGCCGACAACACCCUUCUCCCAGACCACCCUCCCGUCCAAGUCUCUGCUGUCCCGCGCCUCUGUCGACAACACGAUUCUGGACCCUACCUUCCAGCCAGUAAAAGAGGGCCGUUCCGGCUCCAUCGCGCCUGUUGCCGACAAGUCCACCCGAGAAGCCCUGCAAAGGGUUGUCGAACGCCUCUUCGAGUCGUGCUUGAAGGAGGGUCGCUACAGGCAAGUGGUCGGCAUUGCUGUCGAGGCCAAAAACCUCGAGGUCCUCCGGCGAGUCAUUAAGCGCGCCAGCGACGAUGAGAAGACGGCCAAGGGCAAGGCGUCCGACGCUCCGAGCCCUGCCGACGAGCUCAUGGAGUACGCCCUCAGCAUAUGCAUGGAUCUCGUCCAGGAGCGUAGCUUCAGGACGGAGAUCUUGCGCCUCAUUCUCGAUCUGCUGAACGACAUUCCAAACCCCGACUACUUCGCCAUCGCGAAAUGUGUUGUCUACCUCAACUCCGACGAGGAGGCGUCUCACAUGCUCCGACAGCUCGUCUCAAAUGAAGACCGCGUUUCCAUUACCAAUGCGUACCAGAUCGCAUUUGAUCUAUACGACAAUGGCACACAGGAGUUCUUGGGCAAGAUCAUCAAGUCGCUGCCCUCUGGGGAGGCUCCCAAGAAGCCUGCUGCCUCCGAGGAUGACAAUGACGACAGUGAGGAGGCCGAGCCGCUACUGGAGAGCGAGGACUCUGCCGAAGAGCCGGUGUCGGAUGACCUGGCCAAGGUCUAUAAGAACAUCCGCGCCAUUCUGGACGGCAGCAAGACCAUCAGGCUCAACCUUGAGUUCCUAUACCGCAACAACCGUACCGACCUCAGCAUCCUGAACAAGGUUCGCGACAGUCUUGAGGGCCGCAACUCCAUCUUCCACACCGCCGUCACCUUCUGCAACGCCUUCAUGAACCAGGGCACCACCAACGACAAGUUCUUCCGCGACAACUUGGAUUGGCUCGGCAAGGCUGUCAACUGGUCCAAGUUCACCGCCACUGCUGCUCUCGGUGUCAUUCACCGUGGCAACCUGACGCAGUCCCGGAAACUCCUCGAGCCGUACCUGCCCCAGGCCGGUGGCCUGAGCAGCGGAUCCAUCUUCAGCCAAGGUGGUGCUUUGUACGCCUACGGCCUGAUUCAUGCCAACCACGGAGCCGACGCCCUCGACUACCUCAAGACGCAGUUCGCGUCCGCCGAGGAGGAGGUGAUCCAGCACGGCGGUGCUCUCGGACUGGGCAUCGCAGGCAUGGGUACUGGCUCCGAGGAGAUCUUUGACAACCUCAAGAAUGUUCUCUUCACCGACUCUGCCCUCAACGGUGAGGCCGUCGGUCUCGCCAUGGGUCUGAUCAUGCUGGGCACUGGCAACGUCAAGGCUCUCGAGGACAUGAUUACCUACGCUCACGAGACGACGCACGAGAAGAUUGUUCGCGGUCUUGCUAUCGGCAUGGCCCUGAUCAUGUACGGCCGCCAGGAGGGCGCGGACGCCAUGAUCGAGGGUCUCCUCAACGACCCUGACCCAACUCUGAGGUACGGUGGUAUCAUGACCGUCGCCCUCGCCUACUGCGGCACCGGCAGCAACAAGGCCAUUCGUAAGCUUCUCCACACUGCCGUGAGCGAUGUGAACGACGACGUCCGCCGCAUUGCUGUCAUGAGCUUGGGUUUCAUCCUGUUCCGCAAGCCCGGCAGCGUGCCCAGGAUGGUUGAGCUCCUCUCCGAAUCCUACAACCCUCAUGUGCGUUACGGUUCCGCCAUGGCGCUCGGCAUCUCGUGUGCGGGCACCGGCCUCGACGAGGCCAUCGACCUACUGGAGCCUAUGAUGAAGGAUCCCACCGACUUUGUCCGCCAGGGUGCUCUCAUCUCGCUCGCCAUGAUCAUGAUUCAGCAGAACGAGGUCAUGAACCCCAAGGUGGCUGCGAUUCGCAAGACGCUGAAGAAGGUCGUCGGCGACCGCCACGAGGACGCCAUGACCAAGUUCGGCGCUUCGCUGGCUCUCGGCAUCAUUGAUGCUGGUGGCCGCAACUGCACCAUCGGCCUCCAGACCCAGAGCGGCAACCUGAACAUGGCCGGCAUUAUUGGUAUGGCCGUGUUCACGCAGUACUGGUACUGGUUCCCCUUCACCCACUUCCUCUCGCUGGCCUUCUCCCCGACAUCCAUCAUUGGCCUCGACCACGACUUGGAGAUCCCUCAGUUCAAGUUCCACUGCGCCACUCGCCCCAGCCUCUUUGACUACCCCCCCGAGCAGGAGGUCAAGGCCGAGGAGGGCCCCACAAUGGUGGCGACCGCCGUGCUGUCGACGACCGCCCAGGCCAAGCGCCGUGCUCAGAAGAAGGAGCGCGCCCAGCGUCGCGAGAGCAUGGACAUUGACCAGCCCAAGCCGGCUGUCGACAAGAUGGAGGUUGACGAGGAGAAGAAGCCUAAGGCUGCCGACGAGUCGUCCAAGGACAAGAAGGAGGCCGAAGGCGAGAAGGGUACCCCUGCCCCUGUGGAUGCUAAGAAGAAGGCCGAGAAGGAGAAGGUCGGGUACGAGAUUGAGAACAUGUCGCGUGUUCUCCCGGGACAGCUCAAGUUCGUCAGCUUCCCGUCGGACCGGUACCGACCCGUCAAGAAGCCCAGCGGUGGUCCCCUCCUCCUGGAGGACACGCAACCGGAUGAGGAGAAGGUCCUCAUGGAGGAGAAGCUGAAGAAGGUGACGACCGAGAAGGCCCCCGUCGCGGGCCAGAGGAACGGCGGCGGAGAGCGUCCUGAGAUGACCACCCGCCAACAGCAGGAGCUCAUUCAGCAGGCACUCCGCGCCGGCGCCAGCGGAGACCUCCGCUCGCUGAACGAGUUCAACAACCUGCUGAGCCAGACGCGGGUGCGCCACGAUGACGACGACGACAUGGGCGGCAUUGGUGCCGCGGCGGCCGCUGGUGUUCUGACGGCGGUGGACGAGGAUGGCGAGGGCGAUGAGGAGGCGACUGUGCCGGAUGAGUUUGAGUACUUUACCGACAGCGAGGACUAA